AUGAGUUACUUCCAGAAUUACGGGCUAAACUUCAACAGCCACGUCAAAUAUGCCUGUGAGAAGGCUUCGAAGGCCAUCAACGCGAUAGCUAUAAUCAUGCCGAACAACUCUGGUCCCAGCAGAAGCAAGAGGCGUCUUCUGGCCAGUGUGUCGUCGAUACUGAAGUAUGGAGGUCCAGCAUGGGUAGCAGCGCUGGAAACGAAGCAGAACCAAAGUCAGGACAGCGAGUGCUACAGGCGAUUAGUGGUCACGGCUGCUUUAGGAAAUACCUGGAUCGGUUCGGACACGCAGCGUCACCCCUCUGUCCGGAGAAAUGAAACGCCGGAGCAUGUGGUCUUUCACUGUCCAAGGUUCGAGUCAGUGCGAAGGGAGAUGUCCGUCUUUCACGAGGAGAAUGUCGUCGUUGAAAUGUGUCGAGAGAAGAACACUUGGAAUGCCGUCAGCAAGGCAGUCACGCAGAUUAUGUCAGAGUUGCAGCGUAAAUGGACAGAAGAGCAGCGAUCUAGCAACGCCAGCUAA